AUGUGGCAAAGCCGUUACUUCGUGGACCUCGACUUCGCCGCCCAGCUCGAAAUCGCUAGGCCGACGAGCCAGUACUCGCGGCUGUUGCAGUUGCUGCCGAAAGACUUCAUCGGCAGCUCGGAGGACCUGAAGCGAAUCGUCCGAGUCAUGAGCGACGCCGUCAAGAGGUCGCUGAGAAGCAGAGAGCUCUCGGUGCCUCCGUGGAGGAAAAACCGUUACAUGCAGAACAAGUGGUUCGGUCCGUACAAACGGACAGUUAAUCCGUUGACGGAGAAAUCGUUUUCAAUAUCCUCCACCGUUUUCGCUCCGGUCUCCGGUGCAAAAUGCCGUUGGGUUGGGUUCGACGACGCCGUUUCCGACUCCAGCGUCAACGGCCGUCUCUACGUCCGUACGUAG